AUGGCCGGCAUUGGCACCUCCGUGAUGACACCCCAUCUGGAACAAGGCAAGUGGACCCUCAGGUAGGCGAACGUUGCUCUGCUGCCUUUGCUUUUGCUUGUUCUUGUCUGCUUGCAUUCUCUCUGCAUGUAUGUGCUUGUCUUUAUUGAAAACCAAAUGAUAUUCUGUUGAAUUUCCUGUACUGCUUUUACUUUUUGCUAUUCUUGCCUUCUUGCUUUUUAUCUGCGGUCAGAUGUGAUUAUGUGUCCCACCUGAAGUAAACAAACCCCAGCCACCUGUAAUACGAGACCAGUUGUAAUAGAGGCUUUUACUGGUGGGGUCGGGGAACGCACAGGCAAGGAGGUCAAGUAGCUUUAUGCAAAAGAAAAGUUAUUGGGAAUGCUUGCUUAUACUUCGAGCGGUUGAGAAUUAGCUGCCCUAACCCCUAACCGCAACCCUUGACCAUACUCCCUAGCUCCAGCCCCAGCAGUAGUGGGUCCAGAAGGUGGGGCUACAUAAUCAUAUCUUGCCUUGUCUCUGCUUGUUUGUACUGUCCUUACUGUAAGCUAAAUGCCGUUCUGUUAAAUUUGUCUCCUCAUCGUUUAUAUUUCAGCAUUUAGUGAGCUUAAAGAGGAACGGGAAAGCUCUGCAUCCCGUCUCUCUAUCCUUCCACCCUCCACCCAUUCAGUUUACGACGAUAUCGCAGGCAGUCCCAGGUUAACUCAGGUCGUUUUCCCACUAAACACAAGUCGCGGCCCAUAGUGGAGUUCGGCAGCCGUCUGGGAAAACUGAGCAGCCCUAUUUAGGGAGAGCACUGCUCCCCCCCCAGCGAAGGGGAAGGGGCCAGAAAAGAUGCCCUAAACAAAUGCUAAGGACCCACGCCGUCUGCAGGUUGACCGUGGCAGCAGACGCAAAACUCAUGGUCGAAACAACCAGACAUGAGACAACACACUCUCUCUUCUCCCUUUCUCUUCCCACCGCUCCGCUCGCCAGACUGAUAGGAUGAGUCCGCUCACUCGGGCAGCCUAGAAUGUUCGAUUCCUUUCAGACAAUCCGGGAAGCAAGCGACCGGAACGUAAGAUGAUGCUAAUGGCUCGGAAAUUGGCGCGCUGCAAGGCGGAAAUCGCUGCGCUCAGUGAAAAUCCCUUCUCCGAUCAAGGCCAGUUUGAGGAGGUUGGCGCCGGCUACACCUUCCUAUGGAGCAGUCGUGUCAGGGCAGAGCGACGCCUUUGCCAUCCGGAAUGUUAUCGUGGGACGACUGCCCUGUCCGCCGCAAGGCAGCAUCCGUCUGCCUCUCCGGGUAGGCAAAUUCGCCAUCAUCGUCAGCGUCUGCACUACCCCGCUGACUAGUCCCGAAGCCGAAAUGGACAAAUUCUACGAGAACCUUUACGCCCUCCCCGUGUCUGUGUCGAAGACGGAUAACCUAGUUGUCCUUUGUGACUUCAGAGUCCGCGUCUGCACACACCAUGCUGCCUGAAAAGAGUGCUGCGUCCUCAUGGUCUCGGCGGCUCCAAUGACAAUGGCCUACUCUUCCUACGGGCCUGCGCGGAACACCGGCCCAUCCUGACCAACACCUUUUGGCUCCCGACGUGUGAGAAGGCCGCCUGAAUGCAGUCUCGGCCGCGACAGCGGCACCUGCUGGACUAUUUCCUCGUCCGACGGCGAGAUCAGCGAGGCGUGCUGGCGAUAAAAGCGAUUCCGGGUGCCGACGGGUGGAUCGACCACCGUCUCGUCAUCUAUAAAAUGUGUACUCGCCUACAGCUUCGCAGGAGACCUCGAGGUAAGCGACUCCCAUGUAAGCUGAAUAUUGCUUUGUUGUCGUUGCCUGCUCAUCACCAAUUCAGCAAUGAGCUAGCCCAACGGCUAGCCAACCAUCCAAUCGCCGCCUUGCUGAUAUUAACGCCCUCUGGAAACCCGGUGGUGUCAACUGGUGGACACAGUACAGUCGACGGCACUGGCCGUUCUCAGUCGCGCCAACACCAGAACCGGUUGGACGACAACAACGCCGCCAUCAACAACCUGCCUACCGAGAAGAACCGUUUACACAAAGCCUACGUCGAUCGCUCGACAGACAACAACGGGGCAGCCUUCUACCGUAGUCGCCGCCUUGUGCAACGGCGGAUGUGCAAAAUUCAGGAUGCCUGA